CCAGAGGCAGCUGCAAGUUAUCCCGACAGAGUCAUCAGAGAUCGUUGCGACCUAGAAAAAAAGUUACGAAAAGUGAUAGACAACAAAAGCGCGUUACCAUCAAUUUUUCAAACGUACUUGUCCUUUACCUCCAAUGAGACCUUGAAGUCACAUCCUCCUCAUCUUCUUGAGGAUGGUGUAGAGCUCAAUCCCAUUGAUCUAAUAUUAGAAGAGGAUGAAGAGAGACCCAGUGUCUCUGUUAAAUCAGUAUCAGGAAAGUAUACAGUUGCUGGCUCUGGCGUUAGCGAAGUAUGCAUUGAAAGCAAAUCGGCUGGUGUUUGUAAGCUGAAGUCGAGAAGUGACAGUGGCGGUGGAAGUCGCUUGAAAAGAAACAUCAAGAAUACAGGUAGCUUGAUAGUGCGCAAAUUGACAUCAACCUCCAGGCAUGCAGGGGAAAUAGACCGCACAAAUUAGAAGCCAUCGGUUUAGAAAGGACAGGAUGACUGGCAUAAUGAUAAGACGAUAUGUAUCAAUACUA